CAUAUUUUGAUUCUCAUGUUAAUGGACCAGGAUGCAAUCGGUCUAGUAAAACAUGUGCUAUAACAGAGUUUUUUACUCCAGCAGAAAAGACUGUAAUUUCAGAACAAAAGUGUAUACUUUGUAAAGGGUUGUGUGAAAAUAUUCAUAUUAAUUAUAUUGAACAUAUUCAAUUUAUUUCAUUAUAUGGUGGUGCACCACAUAAAGAUACUAUUGCACGAUCUAUGUUUCCAGAUAUAUUUCCAGAAAAUACUCUAGUUCGAUAUGCAUUGCUUAAUAAAGAUCAACAAGAACAAUUAAAUCAUGCUUAA